AUGGGAACAUUGUUAAUGAGGCAAGCAUCAAAUUUCUUGCAAGAAAAAUAUAAAGCUGCAAGAUUGGCAUUAACUGAUAUAUCUGAAGCUGAAUUGUUAGUAGAAGCAGUUACAGAUGAUAAUCCAUGGUGUCCUGAUACCAAGACCAUGGCUCAAAUAGCCGAGGCAACCUAUGAUUUUGAUGGCUAUUGGAAAAUUGUUGAUCUCCUUCACAAAAGGUUGUGUGAUGUUAAUUGGAAGAAAUGGAGACAAUCUUACAACUCAUUGAUAUUGCUGGAAUUUUUAAUAACACAUGGUCCUGAGGAUUUUGCAAUAGAAUUUAGAAGUGAUGUUGACGUUAUUAAGGAGUUGGGAACAUUCCGUUACAUAGACAAAAGGGGGGUGAAUUGGGGGCAUUACAUGAGAAACAAAACAGAAAGAAUUUUAAAAUGUCUUCAAGGAGGAUCAUCACUUCAAGAAGUUCGAUCCAAGGCAAUAAAGCUUACAAAUGAAAUCCAAGGAUUUGGAAGUUCAUCAUCAUCUCCUUCAUCAACCGCAUCCCCAACAAGCUCAUGGCGAUCAUCAUUUGAAUCUAGUUCUCCUUCAAGUCCUACGUUAUGGCAUGAUGACAUUACAAAUUACAAAAAAUAUGGUGAAGUGAACAGACAACCCUUUAAUCGACAACAAGACUUGCUAGAAGUUAAUUCUCCGAAAGAGAAUACCUAUCAACAUAAAAUGCUUACAAAUUUCCUUAUUGAUGAUAGAGACAUAUUGGGUUGGAAUUCAAUCGAAGAAACUUUCACUGAAAUUGAUUUGAAUGAUGACUAUGAAGAUCGAAAUAAGAAAAAAGUAGGAUUCUUCAAAGGAAUUUACGGGAAACAUGUUGGUUAUAGCCCAUUGAAGAAGGGAAGUGAGCGAAAAAAGAACACUUGA